AUGGAUAAGAGUGAAGAAUUGGAGGACUUGGAAAAGGACUAUCUGGAGGAAAUGGAGGCUAUAGAAGCUCUGGAAGCUAUUGGAACGCUUGAAUCUGCUCCGCCGUAUCCUGGUCAUCCAGGAGAUUAUGGGGGAUUAAAUCUGGGCCAUAACUUAGCUUAUAUCUCGUCUCCAUAUCCCAACGUUAAUAUGGGGUACACCUCAUUCCCAGAGCCUGGAGUUAACACACACUAUCAGGGAGGUCCAAACCCGUAUCCUCAAGCUACCACUGUAACGACUACAGUGAGGAUGCCCAACCUGAGUGAUUUACCUGCUCAAACCAUGUGUCCUCACUGUAAGCUCCAGGUCAUCACUAUAACAGAGCACUACUCUGGACUAUCAGCCUGGGUGGCCUGCGGAUGUCUCGCCCUCAUUGGGUGUUGGCCGUGUUGUCUAAUGCCCUUCUGGAUGGACUCUUGUAAAGAUGUUGAGCAUCGCUGCCCGAACUGCAACAAUAUUUUGUGCUACUACAAGCGCCUGUGA